CUUGAUUCUGAUCUGCAAGGGAGAAUAAGAUGACUAAGUAGCGAACAGUAGUACCACAACAGACAAUCGAGCGCGGCAGUAUGCCAGGAUUUCGGAGAAAACGGGGCUUGUCUGUAUUCACGAUCAUCAUUCACACAGUGCGCUGCGAUGGCCGUUUACCGCCAAGGGCGCGCAACCAACAUAUUAGGCCUGACCAGUGAUACCUAAAUACUGCCUCCUCUAUACCAUAAUCUUCUAUGGUGAUACUGUUAGCAUGCAGCAAAAACAGAGAUCCGCGCUCUCUCCACUUCCUGAUAUCACCCGUAACCCUUCCGCACCACUGCAUCCUGCACACCAUCCUUCUCCACCAAUUUCCGCUCCAGAAUUCCUCAUCAUUGGUCUUUUUGCGUUACGUCUCACAAAGCGCCUGGUUGUGAGCCUGGAUUAUUACCCAGGUCAAGAUGCCGACAUUAUCUGGCUUAUCAACUUCCUCGCGCCUUACCCCAACGAUUAUAAACUAGCGAAGAUCUCAGACAGUCGAAGAGAUGACUAUCUAGCGAUGUACCAGAACAUAGUCUCGCGAAUGAAGAAGCAACCAAAGUACCCCGUUCGCUUCAUGCAGAUGAACCCGGAUCCAUCGAUGCAGCAGGCACGGCGAGGGCGCGAGAUGGAACGGCCGAGGGUGAUGACUGAUGCGGAAAGAUUGGACAUCAUUGAAUUCUGCGAUGCGGCAGCCGAAUGGGGAUCCAUACUUCCGAUUCCAGUGCAUGAAGCGGAGAGGAUGGUGGAAUUGGCGGACCGGAGGAAGAUCGCAGAUGUCGACGAACCUUAUCGGCAGCAAUCGCGCUAUAGUCUUCGGGAGGAGUCGCACGGUCAAAGGCAGUCACGUUUCAUCGACAGGGAGGAUGUGCGAGAUCAGAGGCAAUCGCAAUUCGCGCCUAGUUCCUUACCGCGCGAUAUGGGAAGGUCACUCCAAGAACCAAGGCAACCAGAACGCGAGGACAGAUAUCGGCUACAUAAUGCUGGAACGUGGCGUGGCGACGAGUACUUAGUUUCGGAAGAGAGGCAACUCGCGGAAGACAGGCGAGGGAGACGUCGCGUAUCUUUUUCGAAUGAAGAGUGAUAUCUUGACGUAAGAGGCAUGCUGAAGACUGGUUUGGAAGGUCAAGUUAUAACAGAUUCGAAUAAGAAUGAAAAGACCUCGACGAAUGGUCGGUCAAUGUAUCGAGCAUCAAGCAGCCAUUCUUAAUGUAAUUUGAAUGCAU